GUCUCCUGGCACAGGAGUUCCUCAUUCUCUUCUGCCUCCAGCUCUGCCAUUAGCUGUCAUCUCAGCAGCCAGCCAGAGCAAUGGGAAACUGGGAGUCCCAUCUCUACGAACAGCCUGCCCAGAAACUGGGUGAGUUUAUCCAGGACAACCUGAGGCCCUUUGAAGACUGUCAGAAACGGAUCGACCAGACCGUGGACACCAUCUGUGCAGUCCUGCAGGAAGCUGAGCACUUCCCCCUGGUGACCGGUGUGGCCAAAGGUGGCUCCUAUGGCCGGAGAACAGUCUUGAGGGGCAACUCCGAUGGUACCCUCGUCAUCUUCAUCAGUGGCCUUGAACAAUUCCAGGAUCAGAAGAAAAGCCAACAUGACCUCCUCAGCAAAAUCUGGGCACAGUUGAAACACUGUGAGCUCACAAUGAAGCUGGCAGCCAAGAUGGAGAUCCAGAGCAUCAAUGGCAAGCUCACCAUCCAGCUGUCCACAAAACAGCAGAGCAUCACUUUUGAGAUGCUGCCCGCCUUCAACGCUCUGGGCUUAAGUGAGAAGCCCAGCCUCUGCACCUAUCGAGAGCUCAAAAGAUCCUUGGAUAUGGUGAAAGCCAGCCCCGGUGAGUUCUCAAUCUGCUUCACUGAACUCCAGGAGAAGUUUUUUAGCAACCAUCCCAGCAAGCUGAAGGAUUUGAUCCUCUUGGUAAAGUACUGGUGUCAAAAGUGCCAGGAAAAGCUGAAGGAUUCAUCCCUGCUGCCCCUGUAUGCGCUGGAGCUGCUUACGGUCUAUGCCUGGGAACAGGGGUGUGGAGCAGAAGACUUUGAUAUAGCUGAAGGUAUCAGGACUGUUCUGGAGCUUAUCAGCAAGCAGGAGCAGCUGUGUGUCUAUUGGACAGUCAACUACAACUUUGAGGAUGAGACCGUCCGCAACAUCCUGCUGGGCCACCUCCGAUCCCCAAGGCCGGUAAUCUUGGAUCCAACUGACCCAACCAGUAAUGUGAGCAAAGAUAACACCUGCUGGCAGCUGCUAAAACAAGAAGCUCAAACCUGGUUAUCUUCUCUCAGGCUGAACGAGUCACCUGGACUGUCCUGGAAUGUUCUGCCUGCACCGCUCUACGUGACCCCAGGCCAUCUUCUAGAUAAGUUCAUCAAGGACUGUCUCCAGCCCAACAGGACUUUCCUAGAUCAGAUCAAGAAAGCUGUUGAUGUCAUCUGUAAGUUCCUUAAAGAAAAUUGCUUUCGACAUUCAACUACAAAGUGUCAGAAGAUUGUCAAGGGGGGGUCAACUGCCAAAGGCACGGCUCUGAAGAGUGGCUCCGAUGCCGACCUUGUUGUGUUCGUGGACUCGCUGAAAAGCUACACCUCCCAAAAAAGCGAGAGAUGCAACAUCAUCAAGGAAAUCCACAAGCAGCUGGAAGCCUGUCAGCAGGAGAAGGAUUUUGAAGUGAAGUUUGAGAUUUCAAAAUGGAAGGCUCCCCGGGUGCUGAGCUUCACUCUGAAAUCCAAAGUCCUCAACGAAAGUGUUGACUUUGAUGUGCUGCCUGCAUUUAAUGCCCUAGGUGCACUGAAGUCUGGCUCUACACCCAGCCCCAGGAUCUAUGCUGACCUCAUCCAUUUGCAUAAAUCCUCAGAUGCCCUGGGGGGAGAAUUUUCUACCUGUUUCACGGAGCUACAGCGCAAUUUCGUUUGCUCCCGGCCCACCAAACUGAAGGAUUUAAUUCGCCUGGUGAAGCACUGGUACAAAUGGUGUGGAAGCAAACUGAAACAAAAGGGGUCUCUGCCCCCCAAAUAUGCCUUGGAGCUGCUCACCAUCUAUGCCUGGGAGCAGGGGAGCGGGGCGCAGGAUUUUGACACGGCUGAAGGUUUCCGGACGGUCCUGGAGUUGGUCACAAAAUAUAAGCAUCUCUGUGUCUUCUGGUUGGUCAACUACAACUUUGAUGAUGAGACUGUGAGGAACUUCCUCCUGACCCAGAUCCAGAGAACCAGGCCUGUGAUCUUGGACCCAGCCGAUCCUACUGGCGACGUGGGUGGAGGGGACCAUUGGUGUUGGCAUCUUCUAGCAGAAGAAGCUACUAAAUGGUUGUCAUCUCUCUGUUUCAAAGAUGGGUCGGGUUGUCCCAUACAAUCGUGGAAAGUGCCAACAAUGCAGUCACCAGGAAGUUGCGGAGCAGGGAUACAUUCUAUUGUCAGUGAGAUGCACUUACUCAGAAGGUGUAGAUUCCUGGAAUAAUAAUGCUGGAAGAAACGUCUAGAGACCAUCAGGCAAUUGCUUUUUUUUUUUUUUAUGGUUAAUAAACUACAAAAUUUACAAACCCAAGCCUGAAUGAACGGUAUUACUGUACUCCUUCAUAUUAUCAUUAUUGGUAUAACAUAUUAGCCAUGAUUGAUAGCAAAAAUCAUUGUACAUAAUAAAUAUUGUGCUUUAUUUAGAAAGAUGACUUAUAAGCAAUGCUGUAGGCCUGCUAGAUAGGGCUUUGAUUUUCUAAUAAUACUAUUAAGUUAUCUAAUCUAUUCAAAGUAGCUUGACCUGAUGGCCACAAUCUAUGUUUUUCAGAUGACUGGUAUGAUUAUAAGGCACGAGGCUUAUAAUCAUAUAAUUUGGCUUAUGACUAAGGCACGAGGCUCUUUUCUAGGAAAAGUUAUUAUCAUCGUCAGUGGGUCAGCCCACAAAGUUUAUUUGUCCUCUCAAACACUGUCUGAAGCACGGCGCCCCCUCUGCCCCCUCUGUUUGGCAGAAGAGGAGAGCGGAAAUCCCACCGUGUGCUUUAUACCGUGACUGGCUGCAUUCAGGCCCCUUGGGGAGGCGGUUCUGAGGAGGUAGUCUCCGGUCCUCUUCUUUCUCUGUAAUCUCACCUGAACAACUUAAUGCACAUCCAUGGCCUCCCCCACCCCCGGCAGGCAAUUGCUUUUAAAGAAUCGGUUCACUGUGUGAAAGAGUAGCUCAUUCUUCCCUUGACGGUCCCCACGACUUCUUCCCUCGCUUCUUCAACUCCUCUUGAAAUCAAGACCUCCACGUCCUUCGUAAAGUCUCACCUCGCCUUGCUGAAGUCUUGUUCCGUGUGUGACCUCCGUUAUUAAAAACAUUUGCUCUCGUCCAGGUUUAUGUGCACUGUACUUGUCAACCAUUCUGUAUUUUCCCAAUUACUAACUCCUUCCUUUUCCUUCAAGUCUUAGAAGAGGGCUCUUUUCCCAAAGUGAAGCCCUUUACCUGCCCCUUUGUUCCCGUAAUUCCGUGAUCUUGCUUUCAUACUCCUCCACCCCGCCCACCACCUGUCUCUUUUCCACUGUACCCAAAACCGUGUCUGCCCCUGCCGAAUAGAGGUCUCUGAAACCAGUAAUGAGCUGGCCUCUUCUUACACCUGCAAACUCUCCAAAGGCUUGGAUUAUAACUGUUGAGUUAGAUAGAUAGAUAGAUAGAUAGAUAUCAGCAGUUGUUUUAUAUAUAUAUAAAAUAUUAUACAUGUAUAUAUAUAUAACUGUUGUCAUUUCCUUCUGAGCCUACCUUUUCUCCCCCAUCCAUGAGUAUCUUCUUGCCAAAUCUAAAGGCUUUAUCCUCUGGCUUUAGCUUCCAAGAUACUUGAAGAUCUAAGUGCUUUGACCUCAUAUAUCCACUUAAUGUUUCAUUACUGCCACAUAUACCAACUUGCUUGUCAUAUAAGAAAGAAUAGGUCUGGUCUUCUCCCCAGUUCCAAGCUUCAAAAAACCCUUGGAAUUUCCUGAUAGGGUGUAUUUUGUAUUCAUAAGGAGCCUCUUCCAACCCUCCCUGAGUUAUGCUAACGAAGUGUGUGUCCUUAGAUAGUUUUGAAGGAUGGGUUGGCCAUGCCAGAAAUGCCAAGUGUGUGAUGAGAGGGUUGAAACUUUCAGCCCCACCCCCUCCCCCAACCUUCCAAGAGAACAGGAGGGCUGGAGAUUGAAUCCAAGCCCAUGGCUAGUGAUUUAAUCAAUCGUGCCUUUGUAAUGAAACCCUAAUAAAAACUCUGGACAACAAGGUUUCCUGGUUGUUGAGCAUAUGGAUGUAUCACGAAGAUAACACAUCCUGACUCCAAGUGGAUGGGAGCUUUUGUGCUCACGAGCCUUCCAGCCCUCACCCCCUAUGUAUCUCUUCAUCUGGCUGUUCAUUUGUAUCCUUUAUAAUAAAA